UUGCAAUUGGCAAAACGACCACGAUGCAGGCGACGAGGGCAGCACGGCUUGUUGGUGUCUCCUCGCACGCUGCAGCCAGGCGGUGCAGCUGUGGCCGUGCCGCUGCCACUACCCCUCGAGCCACAGCUGCUGCCUCCGUCGGUGCAAGGAUAGCUCGACGAUGGCACGGCCGCGUCGCUGUUGGCAUGUCUGGUGGCGUGGAUUCAACCGUGGCAGCCGCCCUCCUCAAACAACAAGGCUGGGACGUGCAUGGCUUCUUCAUGAGGAAUUGGGAUGAGAAGGAAGAAAGGAAUGUUUGCACGAGCGAGGCAGAGUAUGCCAGCGUGCAGAGAAUAUGUAACAGGCUGAGUAUCCCUUGCCAGCGUGUGGAUUUCGUUGCCGAUUACUGGAACGACGUGUUUACGCCGACUGUGCAUGCCUAUGAGGCCGGCAUCACGCCCAAUCCUGAUGUCCUGUGCAAUGCGCACAUCAAGUUUGAUGCCUUCUACGACUACGUGAGAAACCUUGGCUUUGACUGGGUGGCCACCGGCCACUAUGCCCGCACCACCACCAUCAACAGUGACAGCCUCCACACACAGGAUCUGCACCAAGAAAAACAACAGCAGCAGCAGCCGCAACAACAACAGCAACAACAACAGCAGCAGCGCCAACGUGGCGUGACGCUGCUGCGACGAGCAGUGGAUGCACACAAGGACCAGACGUACUUCCUGGCGGGAACCCCGAGCCAGCGCCUGGCCCACGUCCUGUUUCCCAUCGGACACAUGCACAAGGCAGACGUCAAGGCAUAUGCACGCAACCUCGGCUUCCCAGAGCUGGCGGAGCAGAAGGAGAGCAUGGGCAUGUGCUUUGUCGGCAAGCGCAAGUUUGCACACUUUCUCUCGUCGUACACAGCCGCGUCGCUUGCGGGCCAGUUUGUGGACGUGGAGACGGGGGCGUGUGUUGGCCAGGGCCAGUCUGCGAUGCUGCUGACAAUGGGGCAGGGCGCACGCGUCGCCGGGUGUCCGCAACCCUACUUUGUCGUCGGCAAGGACAUGUCCACGCACACGGUGUAUGUGGCACCUGGCGAUCAGCACCCGCUCCUGUACAGCGCGCGGUUUGGCGUGGGGGAGCUCACCUGGUCCUCGCCACGUGUUGCCGCGAUGGUGGCCAGUGGCCAGGCACUUGCAGCUGAUGAUCAUGGUGGUGCUGUUGGCUGUAGCGGUGAGCAGCAGGAGCAGCAGGAGCACUGGCAGUGGGGUGCAAUGACGGUGCGGGUACGGCACAGAGCACCGCUUGUUGCUGCCAAACUUCACGUGCGUGGCGACGCCGACGGUGAUGCAAGCGAUGCGCGUGAUGCCGUGGAUGCUAACGAUGGGGCGUUGCCCGGGAAGUACGGUGCCAGCCAUGGAUGUGUUGGCGAGGAGCAGUGGGAACGGGACACACGCGAGCAAGCACAGCGUGGGCGGCUGUGCGGGGUGGUGGAGUGUGGGCAGGUGAUUCGAGGCGUGACACCAGGCCAGUACGCAGUAUUUUAUGCUGGUGAGCUUUGUGUUGGUCGUGCUGAGAUUACAUGUGUGGCGCAGGGCAGCAGCGUACGAUGA